AAUACUUUGCUCAGAAGCGUUCAGUGGUAAGUUCUUUAGGGAUGGAGGACUAUUACUAAUUCACUUCACUGGGCCAAAUUUGUGUAGGUGUUCAGAUGAUAUAAUCCUCUUUCUAACCAUUCAUUCAAUAGCCUAAAACAAAUUCCAACUUCAGAUGUCUCCAAAUAAUAGCACUAAAUGAAAUGCCAUUAGCCAUUUAAUUAGUUAUUAUUAGUCAUCGAUUUAGUGAAAAUAUGGACAUGAUCAGUGCCAGGGUAGCAUCCGUCUCUGGGAUGUAGAAACUUGCUGUGGCUGCUGAGUGCGUUUGAUUCGCUGCAUCUCAAUCUGCUCCCACAAUUCAACAGGCAACAAAGGAAGAAAGGAAGAGGCCGUAAGCUACAAAGUGUUAGCCAACCUAGACAGAAAGAUGUCAUCUCAUUGUGUCAUUCUUCUGGUCGGCAACGUAAACCCGCACAUUUAGAGAACAACCAGCUCCGACCAUAUAAAAGCUCUAGACUGCAGUUUGGGCACAGAAGCUGCCUAAAGGGAAGCUAACGGUAAUGUUUUCGACUGCAGAUGUUAACAAAGCUAGCUGACUGGCUUGGUUAGUAAGCUAACGUUAGCCAAGCUAACAUUAGCUUUCAGGAGCGAACCUCUCAUGAACGUGUUGUAAAAGACAAAUACCAACGCUUCUGGGUUAUUUCGACAAGUAAGACAAGCAGAAGUGACCGGCAUCAAAUGAAAGGUGGUGGAAGUGGAACUUGACCCAUCCAACUGAGUCACCAUUUUCCUGCACAUAAUGGGUUUGAUGGCACUGCUGUAUGUAUGACUUACGUCGUGUGGCCUGAUGAGAGGAUACUGUGGAUAGCGCUUUCAUCAGGAUACCAGGGGAGCCAUCCCAUGCCCCCACUUUGGAGGGCCUGUCAGAAUGAAGAAGAUAAGCCUUAAGACCAUUCGCAAGUCCCUCAGCAUAAAGGGCAAAGAGGAGGGUGACUUUGUCAUGCUCCAGCAGCCCUCGGUGACUACAGAGUUUUCCAAGGAAGAGUCACUUUUUGGGGGCUGUUACACCAAAGAGCUUUCUGGCUGUGACCUUGGUGGUGAAGAGGACAAAGGUGGGCAGAAUAAGAGCCGCUCAAAGAGCGAAGGCCUCAUGGGAUCACUAAAGAGGAGACUGUCUGCCAAGCAGAAGACAAAAGUGAAAGGCAGCUCCUCCGCCAUAGGCUCAGUCGAUGACGAUGACACCUUUUCGUCCUCGUCUGUGCCCAUCAGCUUCAACGAGGUGAAAGCCCAGAGACCUCUUAGAUCUGCUUCCCUACGGAGUCACCAUUAUAGCCCCUCACCAUGGCCUCUGCGGUCAGUCAACUCUGAUGAGGCAUGUAUCAAGAUGGAGGUAAAGGUUAAAGCCAUGGUUCACUCCCCCAGCCCGAGUCCCAACUUAAAUGGUGUCCGUAAGGAAUUUCAUGAUUUCCAGAUGGAAGGGCUCUUUCAAGACCAAGCAGAAUCCCUAAAGAAUCUCCAGCAGCCACAAAAUGGUGAGCUGCAUCUAAAUAUUGAUGAAAAUGAUGUGCCUGUGGUGCUGGGUUUGACUCCCCAGGACUACAUCCAGUACACAAUGCCUUUAGAUGAAGGAAUGUACCCAGAAGGGUCCCACUCCUUCUGCCUGGACAGCUCCUCUCCUAUGGAGGUGGUGACUGAAGCGGACAAUGGGUCCCUCCACACAGACCAGGGACAGGAGGAACAUGAACUGGUUAGUGGGAUGCCUCCAGAUCUCUUCAUGGAAACCUCAGUUAGUAGUCUUCUCAUUGGUUCUGCUGGUGUGAUGCUCCAAAGCUCUAGAGUAGAGGUCCCACCACCUCUCUCGCCACUCCUGCCGCCCAUAACUAGUAAUGGACAUAUUCCCAGGACUUUUUCAGGGUUCAGCUCUUCAGACAGCCAGGUUGCUGAGAGGGUAAGACACCACCUCAAUUUUGACCCAAAUUCAGCUCCUGGAGUGAGUCGGGUGUACGAUUCGGUCCAGAGCAGUGGUCCCAUGGUUGUCACCAGUCUGACAGAGGAGCUGAAGAAGCUGGCGAGACAGGGCUGGUACUGGGGCCCUAUCACACGUUGGGAGGCAGAGGAAAAGCUGGUCAACUUGGCUGAUGGCUCAUUCCUGGUCAGAGACAGCUCAGACGACAGGUACCUUCUCAGCCUGAGUUUCAGGUCGCAGGGCAAAACCCUCCACACCCGCAUUGAACACUCAAAUGGACGUUUCAGCUUUUAUGAGCAGCCUGAUGUGGAGGGACACACGUCCAUUGUUGACUUAAUCGAACACUCUAUCAAAGACUCAGAAAAUGGAGCUUUUUGCUAUUCCAGGUCUCGCUUACCAGGGUCUGCAACCUACCCUGUCAGACUAACCAACCCAGUAUCUCGGUUUAUGCAAGUGCGCUCCCUGCAGUACCUUUGUCGCUUUGUCAUUAGACAAUACACAAGGAUAGACCUAAUCCAGAAACUGCCCUUACCUAACAAGAUGAAAGAUUAUCUGCAGGAGAAGCACUACUGAGGACACACAGAUAGGACAGUGGUAGCAAUUUGCACUUUUGUGUUCAGUUAAGAGAUUGAAACAAGGUUUACAGAUGACCACGGUUUUGAGGUGAUUGGUUUUGGUGACUCUUGAUUUGUGUCCAGGUGACUCUGUCACUGUUAAGUCCUCCAUUCCACUGUUCUGGGUUUUUUUUUUCCUCCACUGCUCUUAGGGAGCCUCUACACAAUCUACUGCAAAAUAUAACAGAGGUAUGCAGCCAAGUUAUUUUAGUUGCAUAUAUUAUGUGCCAACAUUAGACUUGCAACAUAAUGUAUGGUUAAGUGUAACAUUCAGAUGUGCAAGCAGAGCAGAUUUCCAUGAAUUUGUCAUCUGCGUUUGAGAAAGAUAAAACCCUAACCAUGAAGUUAAAAAUUCAUUCAAUUUUAUCCACUAAAUUGUACAUUUAAAAUGAAUUGAAGAAUGAAGCAAUGAAGAAUUGCAGCAGUGAUUUUUUUUUUCUUUUUAAAAAUCAAAUUUUAACCUUUCUGCAGACUGACCAAUUUUGAUCAUCUUUUGCAUUUUAUCACUUGUAAGACUGUGCAGUGUUACCAUCCUUCUGCAUAAUCAGACUGCACAUGAGAACAUCAUUCUGCAUUUAUACUAUGCAAUUUGUCAAACAGCAAGGCUUCAACAAGUUUUGAUAACAAACCUGUGCUUUUCAUGUUAACCCGAUUUUUGCUAAUUUUCAAACAUAAGUACUUCUCCAGUGCUUGUUGUUUCUUCCUCUGCUGCUGUUUCACUCUGUCAUAGGCAUGGUACUAGCUGACACACUACAGAUACGUUUGUGCUUCAGGAUGCUUAUACUGGUCCUGACUUUAUUUUUCACUUUGUCAUGUUUGAUACUUUAAGCUAUACUGAUGUAAAAACAUGAAAAGGGUUUACUAGAUCCACAACAUGAAGAACAUUUUAUUGCAAAAGGUGUACAAAAUUUGCCAGUUUCUGAGGGUUUGAACAGUUUGGUCAGAGAAGUGGCCUUAAAUUGUAUGGCUGCACGUAGCCGUUGUAUAAUGUGCAAACCUAAAGGUACUGAUGAUGCUGGAUUUUGUGCUGUUCAUUUGAAACAGCAUCAAGUUGAUAUAUAACCCUUUUAAAAAUAUGCUAACAUUAGAAGUUAAAUCUUUCUGCAUUAGGAAUGUUACAAAAACUGCACUGCAGCUCAGGUCUAACAAUUUGUCACUGUCUGUAACGCUUGUAUCUGCAUGUACUAAAGGCUUUAAGACUGUCAGUUAAUGGCACUGUAGAGUUACUCUAAAUGAGGAUGUCACGGUAAGAGUGAAAGAUUUUGUCUGUGUUUUUUAAGCGCAACUCUUGAGUAAAAAGCUGUUUAAUGCACAAUUGCAUUUACCUUAGGCAGUUUAUAAGUAAAGAAAAUUGCCCUCAAUUAACCUACAACUGAAAAACAGACCUAGUCAGCUGACCUGAAUCUGUAUGUGCGGAUGGCUGUUUCUUAGUCACUUAACACCAGCAAUGAGCUGGACCCAGAUCAAAGCAAUCCCCAAAAAUGGUGUGAGCUCCGGUAAAAGAACUUGGGAAAUCCAGGGUUAAGUCCUCCUUGCCAUCUUGGAAUGAUGCCAGUGUUUCAGUAUAUAAGGAAAGUUCCAUCACACCUGCAUGGCUGCAUCGUUAAUGUUACGUGGAUUUCAAGGACACGGAAAAAAAAAAACAAAAGUUGAAAGCAUACAGUUUUUGCGAUUGCUUAUUCACAUUGUCCCCACAAAGCUGCACCGCCCUAGAGUAAAGGGAAGAGCACACACAGUUUGCUACGCAAGUGCUUUAUAUGGAUACUUCGACAGGGAAUUGUGUUUUCACAUUAUGAAUGAGCAUCUUUUGUGACUUCAGUGUCCUUAAAAGUAUUUGGAAAAGUGUCUCUCUCGGACAACUUUGGUAGGUUGUUAGCGCAUAGUUCUAGUUUUAGAAAUGUUGGUGUCUGAGGAAGUUACCGUGAGUCUAGCACAGCAGAAAAUAGAUAGGAACUUUGGAUGGUGUUGCAUGUUUAAAGACUUAGCAUUUUAAAGCUUUGAGUUGUGUAGGAAUGGAGGAUCUAGGUUGUCUGUUUGGCUGUGUAGAGGGUUGAUUUUUCUGUCACAAACAUUGGCUGGACAUUCUGUGUACAAGAGAUGUAUUUUUUUAUUUUGUUUAGAAUCUUUUUGUGAAUUUUUUUUUUUGUGACAUUUGCCAUCUGGGAGAUGGGGCUGUACAAAAGGAAUGUACGCUUGUUUGAGGUAUUCAUUUUAUCUGCCUGCAGACCAGUUACAGAAAGCAUGAGAAUCAUAAAAACUACAUGGAAACAUUUUUGCACUUGAAUAUUCUCCAUUGACAUGCUUGGAUCUUUUUCUGCCUCUAGUUGUCCUACAGAUGGCAGUUUUUAAAAAGAAAUAUAGUCACACGUUUGUACUUGUUUGUUCAAGUAACUGUUUAGAUUAAAUCGAGAUUGUUUUGUUUAUGUCACAUCUGUGGGAUAUAAAGGGGAAGGCACCAGCACCAUAUCAAAGCCUGCUAAUGCUCACGGGCUGUCAAGGAACGGGAUCCUGGCAAGAAUGUGGAUGUAAAUUAGAUUUGACUUUGGGUGUGUGUAUGUAUUUCAGUUGAAAUGUGAAAGUAAAAAUGUUAGUUUUUUUCAACACAAUGUUCUUUUUCUUGUAUUUCCAUUUUAAUUUACAAUUUGUCAUCAAACUUUGACAAGCAGGAACCAGCUUCAUAUGGUGUUGCUGCUGAGUUUUCUGAAUAUUUAGUUUGUUAUGAAGCAUUAUUGCUUUCAGUAUUUGAUUCCAGAGGUUGAUGCUUGUUCAGACUGCUGAGGAAUUUUGAAUUAAUAACAGCUGUUUCGCACUUAACAAGCUCCAACUUUUUUUUUUUUUCACUUUGUUUUUUGUGCAUCUCGAUGAGUGAAGGUGACUGUUUACAACAUUAUUUGCCCCCUCCCUCCUCUUUCCUUUUCUUGUUUACUCUCUCUCACAUGAACAUCUUGGUACAAUUUGAAAAGUCUAAUUUCAUUUUAAUGUGUUAUACACAUUUGUGCUGCUUAUGGAUAUGAUUGCCUUUCUUGUAUUUAACAAUGGGGAACUAGAAUGUCACCAAUGUAGAUGUAUGUACACAUAAUGACUUUGGUUAUCAUCUUGGGAAAGCAAAGCAGAUUUGCAAUUUGUUAACAAACUGUAGUCAGUUAAAAGAGCAUUAGUAGCAAUUAGUAAACCCUCUGUAGAAUUGCCAGUUCACUCCAGUUUACAUUGGUUGUCAGAU